CACAGCUGACUGAAUUUUUCUGGAGUGCUGCUUACGCUCGGGUAGCAUUUAACAUGUAAAAGUACAGCUUUUUUUUUUUUUUGUUUCUUUUUUUUUUUUUUUUGUUUAUCUCAACUGCAGUCAUUCCGUAAACAAUUGGAUAGUAGUUCUUCGACUGGCAAGGGGGACGGGGAGGGGGGCUGAUCCUUUAACGAGAUGUGGGCUGCCAUUGAUUCCUGUGUAAACCGUACAUUUUAAACCCCCCUUGUUUAGUUGAUAUGGAACCCCCACCGCCAGAUCAGUGUGAUGGUUUACAUCCUCAACAAGACCUUGCCCAGUGCAGUAUUCCUGUUGUAUAUGACCUGUCAAUAAAGCACAGAGACGGCGCACAUAAAAACACUCUAAUGGAAGCCCUGCAUGUGAGGAACAAACCAAACUGGUACAACAAGGGAGUCUUCCAGGAAAAUAGCUCUGACCACCCAGCUCAUCAGAGUGAUCAAAUCCAGCCAGAUGAUGCCUUUUCAAAUACCACGGUCACACUGUCUUAUGUGAGUCGAUCUCAUAUGUUUUCUUCUCAUCAGUCUUUGUCACAUUCCUUGCAUGAGCAGCUUCCCCCUCUCUGUGUUCCAGCUAUCAACAAAAAACUGUCACUACAGUCUCCAUAUGAGGGUAACACAUUGGUGUCUCCACAGUAUGAGAAAGAGGUGGAUCAUCAUGAAAAUCAUUCAGUACAAAAUACCAUUAAGUCAUCUGGGGGACCUCAGUCGAGCACACAGUCAAUUCACCAGACAGAAAGUCCUGGACCAAGUGGAAAACAGGCCACAAGUCAGUUGAAUGUGACAAGACUUAACCAACAGCAUGCAGGGGCUAAUAGUGAGACCAUGUCCUUCCAUGACCGAAAUGAAGACAUUCACAUACAGAAUGGUACCGGUAACUGUGUGGCUGAUAAGUGGUUAUUUAAAAGUAUGAAAAAGACAACUUGGGCCCCUGAGGACAUUAACAAAGAGAGUAAGUUAGCUGGGUCCCAGAUGCAUGUAGUGUGUUCAGGAACUGAAGAACUGGUGGACUUGAACAGUUUGAGUUGUAGCAACAAAUCUUUUAUUCCAACAAAUGGGGAAUGCAAUGGUCUUUUGUAUGAUGAUACGUUAGCCCCCCCUGCUACCUCACAAGACAAAACUGGAGACAUUAAAUAUGAUUUACAAGAAGCAGAUGCCAAUGCAGUGUUAGUUUGUGGUGCAACAGUGAAGCUUGGGGAACCCAGUGAAGCUCCUGCUGUUGUUGAAGCUACUGCAGUAUGUGUUGGAAGGGGGGAUUCAGUUCAGGAGCACUGUAGCAAGCACAGUGACAUAAAAGAAGGAUGUGAUGUCAACAAAUUGAUUCAAGCAGCCACUGCAAAUAUGUUGGAUUAUUCCACAGAAAUGUUGAAGCCUUCCAGUAGCCCUUCCCCAACAAGUACAGAAAGCGAUGCAAAGACUGAUAUAACUCAGUACACAGAGUCAAAUGCUUCUGAUGUGUCUCUGCCAAAUUGUAAAGCAGCCCUUGGUGAAAAAACUUUUGAAAGGAAAAUUCUUCCUCCCCGCUCCAGAAGGGGAAUACGGUUAGAGGAAAUUGUGCAGUGCAUCACCCCAUCUAGAACCAGAGGUAAAUCUGCAGGCUCAAAAACACAGGCCCUUGAGGCUUGUCAUCAGGAAGCCUUGGUAUCUUCAGAAGUAGAAGACUGUAUUGAGAAGUCAUCCAGUCCUGAAGAGGAUAGUUUAAAGGAUUUAGUUAUUUCUAAGGAAAAUUCAGAUAAAGCAAAUAAAGAAAGGUUAAUAAACAAAAAAUCUACCUCUAAUGAGAUAACUAGUGAUGCAUUUGCAUCUCUGCAAAGGAGUACAUCUCUAGAGGCAGUCAUCCGAAUGCCUAAAUGUUUAAAAGAAAAAAUGCUUUGUCACAAAGAAGUAAUUGACCUAUCUCCACCAGAGAAGAAAAACCUUAGACCAGCAUCCACCCCCAAGUCACGCCAGAAUAGUAGUGCAUCACCACAAAAAGACUUGCCUGGCAAGAAUAAGUAUGCAAAAACAAAGAAACUCAGUAUGAAAAGAAAGAGGAAGAAACACAACGCUGGACAGUCCUCAAUGUUUUCUCCAAAAGAACCUGAAAUCAAAUUGAAGUACAUCAACUACAAAGAGGAGAAAAGGGACAAUAAAAUUGAUACGUUUUCACCUUAUGUCAGAUUAGAAUUAAAAGAUUCAAUGUGCACCAUAAUCAACUACCCAGAGGAAGAAAAGGCCAAGCUUAAAGGAAAAAACAGCAGCCAGGCAACCCAGAGCUACUCCCCUGGUGCAGUUCCCAUUACCUCUUGUUUGCUGCUGGGCCGUUUGAGCAGUGACAGUAAAAGAAGAAGCCAUCUAGUUUGUUGUCUUUGUGGGAGGUCUGCCAAUGCAAUGGAUCUGGGUGAUUUGCAUGGACCGUAUUACCCUGAGGGUUUCAAACCUUUGGGAAAAAUGCAUGCAAUGCAGGUUUUGCAAGACAACGACAGAGAUUCUGAUUCAUUAUGUAGUGUCAAAGAGAAAAAACACAGUCAGACUGUCACAGCGGGACAGGCUCCUAGCAGGCCAUCUCAACACAGUCACACGUCGAUGAAAGAAACCUGUUUGAUUGGGCAGAGGCGAAGGUGGAGUAGUGAUGGAAGUAGCACCAGGACUGCUGUUCCUAAGAAGCCAAAGCCCGACCCAGCCGCAGAUGAUUGGUACAGCCCCCCUGUAGUCCCGCUGGACAGUAGUGAAUAUUGGCUUCAUGAAGACUGUGCAAUAUGGUGCGCUGGGGUAUACCUUGUGAAAGGAAAACUGUAUGGGUUAGAAGAGGCAACAAAGCUUGCACAAGAAACGGUAUGUUCCACUUGCCAUACAGCUGGUGCCACAUUAGGCUGCUAUUUCAAAGGGUGUCCGAAUAAAUAUCACUAUAUUUGUGCUAUUCAGUCAGAUUGUGUCCUAAAUGAAGACAACUUUUCAAUGAGAUGUACCAGGCACAAGAACAAAUGGUUUAAAGGGUCUGCUGCAACCAGUACAUUAGAAAGCAGGUGACAGAAAAAAACAAAGGGAGAAGGAGUAUUCCACCAUCGCAGUGAAGGAUUUUACAAUGCGUCACUUCUGGCGACUUCACGCCAACGGACAAAACUAUACUUUGAGAAUGUGCUUUGGUUUGCUAAACCUUCCUUUUAGAUUUUUCUUCUGCAGCUAGAGCCAAGUACAGUCCCUGGAAUUGGCUUUACCUUUCAGAGAAUUAUCUGUACUCCAUGGUUGACAACAAUAAAAAAAAAAAAAAAAAAAAAAAAAAAAAAAAUUAAAAAAAUACAUCAAUUGAUUUUUAUGAAGAGAGAUGCCCCUUGUAAAUAACUUGCAGUAAUUGGAAAUCAGUUAUGCUAGAAUAAGUCUUGACAUUUGCCUUCCCAAAUGUAUUAAAUUUAAUUUUAAUAGCAUUUGAUGACCCCCCCUCCCCCCAGGUUAUAGCCCAUACUAAAGUCAGGGAUGAAAUUCAGACUUUCUGGUUUAUAUAUUCUGACCUUUGCACUGCCCUAAAAAGAAACUGCACCUACAAUACACUGGGUACACAUUGUCAGAUAUUGUAUAGUGAAGUUGGGAGUCUUAGUAUUGCAUGUUGUCUGUACUGUCAUUUUUUAUUGUUGUUUUUUUUGGUAAAUUGUUACUUCCCUCAUAAUCAAGGUCUCCCAUUAGUUUCGGCAGGUUGCGGUUUAAAAAAAAAAAGUAUUUUAAUUUGUCAAUUACUUGUGAUCUGCAAGUAAUGCAGAACAUUUUGUAUUGUUUAUAAUAAUAAAUGUUAUUAUUUAUUUUUACUUUCA